UGCUUAUCUCCUUCCUGCACUACGCCAAACAAAAUGGCUUCGUCGAUACCACCACACAUUUCUCUGUCGGUUCUGUCAACAAUUAUAUUGCUAUUUUGUACAGAAUAUGCAAACUGCAAUCUCGGUAGAAGAACAAGUGAUGCUCUGGAUACGGACUUCUCUGUGCCCCUCGAGCAUUCUUUUGAAAUAGAUGAUAUGCCAAGGUUUCGGCGGCGUGGCUCACUUGAGUUGCGACCUGGGAGAGAGACUGGUGUCACCAUUUCCCAGAGUCAUCUUUCAGAGGAGGACAGGAACAUGCUGAAGGAAGUUGCUGCUGUGGAUGGUCUCUACAGAAUCCGAGUUCCCCGAGUGGCUUUACAAGUAGACAGACAGACAGAGAAGCAGACAGAUGGCUACCUCACAGCUUUUGUGAGAGCGUGUGCUUUGGUGGAGUCUCACCUGAGUGAUAUCAUCACCCUCCACACUGAUGUCACUGGCUACCUCAUUGGUGUCUCCAUAGUGACCUUACCUGGGUCUUGUCAAGGAGUUGAGGUGGAGGACGAGGUCGACCUGGAGUCUUUUAACACCACACUGAGUGUCAUGGGUCCAGUCACCGCUCCCCCGCCAGAGACUGCGUUCUUUAUCGAGAGGAUGGAGAUGGAAAUGGAGAAGAAAGUGAAGAAUCCACAGGAGCAAAAGUCCUUCUUUGCGAAAUAUUGGUAUUUGAUUCUGGGCGGUGCAGUGUUCCUCAUGGCCACCAGUUCGGCACAGCCCCCAGCAGGGGGCGACAGAGAGCAGAGCUGAUUCCCAUUCAUUUCAAUGGAUGUACAUCGUUCCCCUCGUCCUCUUCCUCAUGAUGUCCGGUGCACAAGACCAGUCUGGGGGCGGGGCUGGCGGCGGGGCGGCCAAUGGAGGUGGCCGAUGAUCGCCAUGGCGAUGUGACAUGCAUGAGUGGACACCUUCCUGUUGUGUGUAUAUAAUGCUGAAUGAAUGAUAACUGAUAGCUAAAUUAACUUAAAUUAAAUGUGCACUCGCACAAGACCAUGGGGCUCUUGCCAAGAUUUGAAUUGUAUUGCAUUUUUAUUACUGAUGUAACUAAUGAAAGGAAUUAAACUCCUCUUAAAGUA